CAUCUACCAUCUACCAUCUACCAUCUACCAUCUACCAUCUACCAUCGGCCUCUUUGAUAUCUCCAUUUCCUACCCAUCCUCUACCAAACUAGCCUCGCCUUACCUUACUCGACCUGCCGAAGCUAACUGACUUAGACAACCGACUAGCGAUCAUGGUUGACCGACCAAAGAAGCCUUUGGCCUUAGCCACAACCCCGGGUCUACCACCUCAACCCCAGGUCAACUUCUCCCAAGACAAUUCACGAGUCACGGCUGUCCUGCCCACCGGCGAGAGUGUCGAGGUCCUCCUCUAUGGCGCUACCGUUAUUAGCUGGAAGAACCGCUUCGGAAUAGAGAGGCUCUGGUUGUCCGAUGCCGCUAAGCUCGACGGAUCCAAGGCCGUACGAGGUGGCAUUCCUCUCGUCUUUCCCGUAUUCGGCACGGCUCCUGAUCACGCUGCGACCUCGAAACUGCCCCAGCACGGCUUUGCGCGCAACUCACGAUGGGAGUUCCUCGGCAAGUCAAGCUCCGAGUCGACGGGGCCGUCUGAAACCUCCAUCAAGCUCGACUUCGGCCUCUCGUCUGCCACCCUAGAAGAGAAUACAAAGAGCUUAUGGCCCUACACCUUCUCCAUCAUCUACAGCAUCACAUUGACCCCGGAGAACCUGAACACGAGCAUCGUCGUUACCAACGACGGUGAACAGCCCAUCGAUUUCCAGGUCCUAUUGCAUACGUAUCUGCGAAUUGACGACAUCUCAAAGAUCCAGGUGACGGGUCUCGAAGAGUCAGAAUACAUCGACAAGGUGGACGCGGCUAAGGCAAAGACACAGUCAGGCGCUAUAACCAUCACGGGCGAGACAGACAGGGUAUACACGCCGGCCAAGGGCCCCUCAAACCCGGUAGUAGUCUCAGAGGACGGCGAGGCGGUUUUUAGCAUCGUACGGGACAACCUUAAGGACGUUGUGGUCUGGAACCCCUGGACGGAGAAGGCGGCAGGCAUGGGCGACUUCGAGCCCAAGGACGGCUUCAAGAAGAUGAUCUGCAUCGAAGCAGGCUCUGUCAGCGGAUGGACUACGCUGGACCCGAACGACACAUUCGAGGGCGCCCAGACGAUUUCCGACUGACUUGGCAGCGGGGGGGUUCAUGCAGCGCCGCGGAGUAUGGGCAGACUGUGAAUAAAUGCCGAUUGGUCGAGGAGCUACUAGGAACAAGGACCAGCGAUAAAGUAGACGGAGAGACGAAGAUAUCUUUGAAGAUAAUAACAAUCUUUGGGCGGAAAGAAUCCUGGUAGAUCUCCUUAGUUAACUCUUUUUCUUUCCUAAUAAAAAAAAAAGCAACAACUCUAAUAUAAUUUAAUACAGCUAGCCAAUCAUAAAUAGUUGCAC